GGAUAGUACUGUGGGGACAGCCCAGAAGGCGGCAGCUGUGAGCUCCUCCAUGCCCUGGCACGGAGCCAGGUUGCCUGUAAGUGGAAGAACAUCGUGUGCCCCAGGCUGUGCCUCACACCUACAACUGACAUAUGUGACAUGGGGCCAGACACAGAGCACAGUGUGCCAGGCACAGCUCCAGCAGACAUGCCCCUUCUGAAGCGCUGCAAAGAGCGGGCAAGCGACGUGAUAGAUGAGGAGAGCGGGCAGCUGCAUGCCCUCAGCCUGGGUAUAUGGAAGGCUCCGGAGCUGGCCUAUCAGGAGCAUACGGCUCAUCACCUGCUCACCAGCUUCUUCUCCAGCCGGGCAUGGGACGUGCACACACACUUCCAUCUGGACACUGCCUUUCGGGCACAGUGGACGUCUCCAGCCGCUGACAGUCCUCGUCUGCACGUGGGCUUCCUGUGCGAGUACGAUGCUCUGCCCGAGAUCGGGCACGCCUGCGGGCACAACCUGAUCGCUGAAGUGGGGGCAGCGGCUGCCCUGGGACUGCGAGGAGCUCUGGAGGGCGUGCGACCACCACGGCAGGUCCAGAUCACCGUAUUAGGAACACCUGCUGAGGAAGAUGGCGGAGGGAAAGUUGAUCUUAUUAAGGCUGGAGCAUUUAAAGAUAUGGAUGUUGUGUUUAUGGCCCACCCUGCCCAAGAUGAUGUAGCUUAUCUUCCAGAUGUUGCCGUACAUGAUGUGACUGUGAAAUAUUAUGGAAAAGCUUCUCAUGCUGCAGCAUACCCAUGGGAAGGAAUUAAUGCUUUAGAUGCUGCUAUUCUUGCAUACAACAAUAUCUCUGUGUUAAGACAGCAAAUGAAACCCUCCUGGAGAGUUCAUGGAGUAAUAAAAAAUGGUGGUGUGAAACCUAACAUCAUUCCAUCAUACACUGAAUUAGAAUUUUAUUUGCGUGCACCAUCACGCAGAGAUCUCGCUGAACUACAGAAGAAGGCAAGUGCUUGCUUUAAUGCUGCAGCAACAGCAACUGCAUGUAAGGUGGAGAUAUGCUCUUAUAGUCAUGAUUAUGAUAAUGUUCUUCCAAAUAAAACUCUUGCGAAAGCAUACACAGAGAAUGGCAAACAACUGGGAAUGCAGUUUACCACCGAUGACCUGGUGCUAAAUGCCCUGUCAGGUUCAACAGAUUUUGGGAAUGUGACCUUUGAAGUUCCUGGCAUUCAUCCCUAUUUUUUUAUUGGUUCGGAUGCCCUCAAUCACACUGAAGAAUAUACUAAAGCUGCGGGCUCUGAAGAAGCUCAGUAUUAUACACUAAGAACUGGAAAAGCAUUGGCAAUGACUGCAUUAGAUGUGAUCUUCAACCCGGAUUUGCUAGAAAGUAUCUGCCAUGAUUGGAAGAACAUGAAGCAACUGGAGGAAGAGAUUAAUACUGGAUUAACUAAGAAAUCCAGAGAAUCAAGUAGUGGAGCAGGAUGUUCAUGCUAAACAGUAAAAAUCUCUUAAUGGGUGUUGUCCCACCCUUAUCCAUUAUAACAGCUUCAAUUCAUAGUAACAUCGUAAAAGGGAACUUAACACAUCCCAAAAAAUGAUGGUUAUUUUUGGGGUAUAUGACUACAGUGAUUAUCAUUAUAAUUCUGAGGCACUUAUUCUUUGUAAUAUUUAAUAGUAUACUCUUAUGAAGAGAACUCUUUCUACAUUUUAUACUAUAUUGUAUGCAUUAUUUGUAUUGUAUGUGUCACCAACAAGGGGUGUAACAGAAAAGUAAAGGACCCCUUGCUGCACAUUUGCAUUAAACUUUUCCCAAAAUACUUACCUCAAUUUCCAGCAAUUAGCUCAGAUACUUCCCGACCUACAGCUCCAUAUAGCCCAGAAUCAGACGAUUCUCGUAGAGCUUGCUGCCCUUUGUUACGAUCAGCACUUUACCAUUAAUAGCAGAAUGUGAGUAGUUCUGGGCCAUGUAGUAGUCUCAUGUCUUCUUCAAUGUUAGUGACAUAGUUCAUCAAGUUUAAUCUAUAUCCCUAUUGUGUUCCUACUGUGUUGAUCCAGAGGAAGGCAAAAAAGCCUUAUGAGGCUGAUACCAAUCAUCUCAUACUAGGAGGAAAAAUUCCUUACUGACUCCAAAUAUUGCAAUCAGAAUAAAUCCCUGACCCUAUAAAUCUAUUAUCUGUAACCUGUAAUGUUAUUACUCUCCAGAAAUGCAUUAAGGCCCCUUUGGAACUCUUUUAUUGAGUUCACCAUGACCACCUCCUCUGGCAGAGAGUUUUAUAGUCUCAUUUCUCUUACAGUAAAAAAAAAAAAAUAUCUGUGCUGGUGUAGAAACCUUUCUAGGUUGGUUGGUGUGUUGGCGAGUCCCUUGACAUUGCUCGUGUUCCACAAUGGGGUCCACAAGUAGUCUUUGCUUGCCUGGGGGGAUCUUUCUUCCACUCUGACAUUGCCUAUGUCAGAUUUCUCCUGUGUUACAAGCUGAGAAGCAAUGCCCUGGAACAUGUGGCUGGGUGGUGAGUCCUAGUGAAGCUGGAUUGGGUACACAGAAGAAUUUUACCUCAACACUCACCAAGGGCCUCGGCGUCUUCUCUCUGGAAAUUAUUUUAAUUUAUAAGCUACUUAUGAAAGGGUGGCUGGGACACCUAUAGUUACGCCACUGCCACCACUGCAGUUUACUAUGUAUGAAUAUUAUUUGCACAAUGCAUGUAGAUUAGAAGAUCUGAUAAAUAAAUAUAUGCUUACUUUUACAGUCCUUUUGAUUCUCAGUGUCAU